UCUGGGGCCCUACCCGGAAGUCGCGUCGGGGGAGGUGGUUUCCUAGACUACGACACCGGAAAGCUGGGGGAGGCGCUCUGGGCCGCUGAGGGCGGAGGGCGGUGGCAGCGCUGGCGCUGGGGACCGGCUCGGUGGCUUCGGGAAACCGUUCGGCGACGGCGACCGCUCGCGUUCCUCCGCAUCCCGCCCUCCGCACGGCUCGCAGCCCCUUUGCCACCGGCGUCCAGCAAUGUGUCCCACCGGCCGGGCGUAGCAGCUGCGCGUGCGCGGAACCGCGGGGCCAUGAGCGGAGCCGGCGGCGGCAGGGGCUGUGGGUCUCGGGUCCCCCAGCGAGCGCCAUGGAACCUGGUGGCGGCGACGGCCGCGCUCUGUCUGGUGUCAGCCACAUCCGUGUGGACGGCGGGGGCCGCGCCCAUGAGCAGGGAGGAGAAACAGAGGCUUGGGAAUCAAGUACUGGAAAUGUUUGAUCAUGCUUAUGGCAACUAUAUGGAACAUGCUUACCCAGCGGAUGAACUCAUGCCUUUAACCUGCAGAGGUCGUGUUAGAGGCCAGGAGCCAAGUCGGGGUGAUGUUGAUGAUGCCUUGGGAAAAUUUUCCCUGACACUGAUUGAUUCUUUGGACACUCUUGUGGUAUUAAAUAAAACUAAAGAAUUUGAAGAUGCUGUGAGAAAAGUUUUAAGAGAUGUUAAUUUAGAUAAUGAUGUAGUUGUAUCAGUCUUUGAAACAAACAUCAGAGUUCUUGGGGGCCUUUUGGGUGGACAUUCACUGGCAAUCAUGCUGAAGGAAAAAGGCGAGUACAUGCAGUGGUACAAUGAUGAACUUCUCCAAAUGGCAAAGCAGUUGGGUUACAAGCUUUUACCAGCUUUCAAUACUACCAGUGGCCUUCCUUAUCCAAGAAUUAAUUUAAAGUUUGGUAUCAGAAAACCAGAAGCUCGGACGGGAACUGAGACAGAUACCUGUACCGCUUGUGCAGGUACCUUGAUCCUUGAGUUUGCUGCUUUAAGUCGAUUCACAGGAGCAACGAUAUUUGAGGAGUAUGCAAGAAAAGCUCUUGAUUUUCUCUGGGAAAAAAGACAGCGAAGUAGUAAUUUAGUGGGUGUGACCAUAAAUAUUCAUACUGGAGAUUGGGUACGAAAAGAUAGUGGAGUUGGAGCAGGGAUUGAUUCGUAUUAUGAAUAUCUGCUGAAAGCCUAUGUCUUGCUUGGAGAUGACAGCUUUCUGGAAAGAUUUAAUACACACUAUGAUGCCAUAAUGAGAUACAUUAGCCAGCCACCUCUUCUACUUGAUGUGCAUAUCCACAAGCCAAUGCUGAAUGCUCGGACUUGGAUGGAUGCUUUGCUUGCCUUUUUUCCAGGUUUGCAGGUCUUAAAAGGGGAUAUUAGACCUGCUAUUGAAACUCAUGAAAUGUUGUAUCAGGUGAUAAAAAAACACAAUUUUCUACCAGAGGCGUUUACCACAGAUUUCAGGGUGCACUGGGCUCAACAUCCUUUAAGGCCAGAAUUUGCAGAAAGUACCUACUUCUUGUAUAAAGCUACAGGAGACCCUUACUACCUUGAAGUAGGGAAAACACUUAUUGAAAACUUAAAUAAAUAUGCUAGAGUGCCUUGCGGAUUUGCUGCCAUGAAGGAUGUUCGUACUGGAAGUCAUGAGGACAGAAUGGAUUCUUUCUUCUUGGCUGAAAUGUUUAAGUAUCUUUACCUGUUAUUCGCGGAUAAAGAAGACAUUAUUUUUGACGUAGAAGAUUAUAUUUUUACCACAGAAGCUCAUCUGUUACCCCUUUGGCUCUCUACUACAAAUCAAAGCAUCUCUAAGAAGAACACAACUUCAGACUAUACAGAACUGGAUGAUAGUAAUUUUGACUGGACUUGUCCAAACACUCAGAUUCUCUUCCCUAAUGAUCCAUUGUAUGCUCAGAGCAUUCGUGAACCCUUGAAAAAUGUGGUGGACAAGAGCUGUCCUAGAGGCAUCAUCAGAGUAGAGGAGAGUUUCAGGAGUGGAGCUAAACCCCCUCUGAGAGCCAGAGAUUUCAUGGCCACUAACCCUGAGCAUUUAGAAAUCUUGAAGAAGAUGGGGGUGAGUUUGAUUCACCUCAAAGACGGGAGAGUCCAGUUGGUUCAACAUGCAAUCCAAGCUGCUAGUUCAAUUGAUGCUGAAGAUGGUUUGAGGUUCAUGCAGGAGAUGAUUGAAUUAUCAAGUCAGCAACAGAAAGAACAGCAGCUGCCUCCACGAGCUGUACAAAUUGUUUCCCACCCAUUUUUUGGCCGAGUAGUAUUAACUGCUGGACCAGCUCAGUUUGGGCUUGAUCUCUCUAAACAUAAAGAGACAAGAGGAUUUGUUGCAAGUAGUAAACCAUACAAUGGCUGCUCAGAGCUUACUAACCCCGAGGCAGUGAUGGGGAAAAUUGCCCUGAUACAGAGAGGACAGUGCAUGUUUGCAGAAAAGGCACGCAACAUCCAGAACGCUGGAGCCAUUGGUGGCAUUGUUAUUGAUGACAACGAGGGGAGCAGCAGUGAUACUGCCCCUCUGUUCCAGAUGGCAGGUGAUGGAAAGGACACGGAUGACAUCAAGAUCCCCAUGCUGUUUUUAUUCAGUAAAGAAGGAAGUAUCAUAUUGGAUGCCAUGCGGGAAUAUGAGGAGGUAGAGGUGCUCCUUUCUGACAAAGCAAAAGAUCGAGAUCCUGACAUGGAAAAUGAAGAACAACCAUCCUCUGAAAAUGACUUUCAGAAUCAGAGUGCUGAACAGAUGGCAUCAGGUUCUCAAGAGGUUGAUUUAGUUGAUGAAGAGUCUCCUGAGGAAGGUUCUUCAAACUCUCACCCAGACUCAUCAUCUCCAGCAGAUAGGGACAGUGCUGCAGGUGGUCCUCCUUCUGAACAGAAUUCUCAUCCCACAGAAAGCCCUGAGCCGACACGUCUGGAUGGUGAAUGUACAGAUUUAGAUAACCAACUUGAACAACAGUCAGACACUGAGGAGGAUUCCAAUCCUAAUGUCAGCUGGGGCAAGAAGGUCCAGCCUAUAGACUCCAUAUUAGCAGACUGGAAUGAAGAUAUAGAAGCAUUUGAAAUGAUGGAGAAGGAUGAGCUCUGACUCCCUAAAGUCUACCUGGUGGUAGGUAUUUCCAAAGAAAAGGUAAACUGUGGUUCAUAGACACCCUGGUCCUAAGCAGGCUCUCUCAUGGGAGGCUUUAAGUAUGGUGAUGAGCAACCACGUUCUGACUGGGAGAGGGAGUUAUCAUAGGAAUCUGGAGCGUGUUAGGCUAGAACUGACCUUGUUUAAACUGUCCCAUCACAAAUGGAAACUCACAGCCCCCCCUCAGGUGACAGCAUGCACCACCCUGCUGUACCUCAGGCCAGGAGGAGAUUGCUGGAGUCUCUGGAGAGACAGGAUUCAGUUAACUGUGAGGUGGGGAAUAUGAAUUUGAGUCUCUUUCUAAUGAAAGGAAGCUCGGCUUUCUUGCUUUGGGGGUUAGAGGCUCUUUGGGGAAAACACAGAUGAGUAUUGCGGGCAUUCCGAUGAUGCUGCCUUCACAAAAACACUCAAAGUGACCUAUGUGGUGAUGAAGCAACUGCAUUCACGGUGAAAACGGUCUUUGCUUAUCAUUUUCACUUGCUUCAUUGUGUAACACGAUCAAAAUGACUUGAUUUCUUUUCCCUUUUAACAAUGUCCUUUUCAUUUAAACCAAAGGUGAAGCCAGUAUACUUUUCUCAGUGAGUUACUAAUCCUUGGGACCAGGUAAAAAGGUCAUAUACUGUGUUGUGGAAUUUGAGGACUUAAUAUUUUUGAAAAAUGGAGCAAGGGUGAAACAUAAUGUUGCAAUAUGCACUUGCCAUUGGGCCUUCCAAAGGGAAAGCUGUGACUACUCUGAAACGGAACUUAAGGUUAUAUCUUAGUAGGGUGAAUUAUAAAUCUUUUCCAGUUCAUUUCUUUGGAGGUGAUUACCUCUUGCCAUCAGCCUUACUCCAUCCCAUGUUUAGUACGCAUUUUGAGCCACAAGGCCUGUGUUGCCAAUAUCUGAAUACAUUUUGUUCCAUUUUUCUAUCUUCGGGAGCCAUGAUAAAACUGUGGUAGUGAUUUAAAAAUUCUGGGGUAACUACUAUUUUCCUCCUUUGAAACUAUGAUUUCUAAAGUUGCACCUAAGGAGUCUGUCACAUUUUCUGUUGAAUCAUGGUUUUUUAAGUUUGCUUUUUUUAAAAAAACUAGUAUUCCAUCUGAUAUGGACUUGAAAAUUAGUCUUUGGUAAUCUGUGUAAAAAACUUACACAGUAGCAACUAACAUACAGCCAUAUAGUUUAAUGAGAGUCCGGCCCUCCAGCGUGUGUACGUGUGUUGUGUGUGUGUGUGUGUGUGUGUGGCAGUCUGGUGCUGGCCACAUAUAAGUUUUAAAAAGUUUGUUGUUGAUAUCUGUAGAUAGCCCUGUAAUUGAAAUCAUGGCUUUACUCAUUUUAUUUUCAAAGUUACCUGUAUCAUUUCUAAAGGAAUAUUUGAGAAUUCCCCUUUUCUUUACCAUGACAUUAUAUAAUAACCUUUUCUUAAAACAGUUUUUGAGGUACUGAUGAACUUAAACUGUAUAUGGAGCUGUUAAAAGAACAGCAGUGCUGUAUUGUAGUUAUGUAUAUUCAUGUACAGUCUUAGAUCCCAGGUAAACAAACACAUUCUGUCACAAGGGGAUAAAUAGCUACUUUCAAAAAUUCCAUCUAAACUUAAUUGGGUCAGUGAGUAAUCUAAUAGAGAAUUCACAUUGGGGGGGUGGCGGGGGAAGAGUAGUAAACAAGACCUUUAUUGGCCCUUAAUUAAACCUGACACCAAAAUGGCUAUUUUUAGUCUCUCUGCAUGUGAAAUUUGGUGUAAGAAGAUAGAACUAUAAUACAUACAGUCUAUGGAAGGAUAGACUGCUUUGUUCAUCUUCAUUGCAAAGCCACCAAAAUAGCUGAAGCUUAAUUACUUGACUUGCCUUGAUUCAUAGGACUGGGGCUUGGAGAAAAGGAGCAGAUGUUCCUUUAAAACUUGGAUUACAGAGCCUUAUGUACAUUGAUUUUGUAUUUGUAGCACAGAGCCAUUGUUGUCUAAAUCUGACUUAUCUAAGUUAACAAAACAACAUAGUUUUGUGUCCAGCAGAGGUCUUGUGGCAUCCUAGGAAAAGCCAGACUACUGCCACUCUCCCUUCCUUUGGCCGUUAGGGGGAGCUGUUGCCAUUGAGGUCUAGAAGCAAAUUGUUCACUCGUUUCGAAAAUGAAUCGUUUAAAAAAAAGAAGGAAGAAAGAAAAGAAGAAAAAAAACACCCAGAAGGAGUUAUUCUUGAUUUUUCCCUAGCUAAGAAAAGAAGGUAACAUGUUCAGUUUCAGAUUCCGACAUUGUCCUUGACUCUCUCCAUUCUUAAUUGACAUACUGCCACAAAGCUGUUUUUGAGUUCAUUAAAAACUUUCAAUACCAUUAGGCUUUUUUUUUUUUUUAAUGUUUUGUUUUUUAAAUACCUUUUAUAGCAUUUUCUUUACUUCCUAAAGAUUCAGGAGAUUCUGUGUGACCCUGAAUUUUAGAAACAUCUGGUCUACCUCAGUUAAGUGUUGCCUGUACAGAGAGAGAGCUGAAGUGAUCACCACAGCCAUAAAACUGUUUGACUAAGAAGGAUUUAUGCAAUGUUUACAAACCUGGAAUCAAGUAAGGAUUUUAUCUGAAAGUUAAAAUCAGAUAUUAGAGAAAGUAUUUAAUUCAGGUAUUUUCAAGUUUUAAAACGUAACCUGUUUACCUAAUAGAAAUAGUUUUUUUCUGCUUUGGAAAGUCCAUUGAAAUGACAUACCCUAAUUUGCAGUGCUUUCUCCAUAAAGUUUAGGUGUGAAAGAACUGUAAUGUACCAGAUACGUUUGGAAUGAGAGCUUUUGUUGGGUAGGUUCUUUUUCUUUUUUAACUUUUAAUAGGCUUCCAACAAGAAUACCAUUGUUGUUCAGAACAAAAAUUUUUUUUACGUUAUACUUUCCCUUUUUCCCCCACAGUAUUAGGAAUUAAAAUGAAAAAUUGUGCACUCUCUGAUUUGACUUCUCUAAUUACUCUGUCAAGAUAUUUUUUUCUAAUUACCACCACAGCCCUUUUUAUAGGAAAACCAGCAUUUGUUCCCUCACCAAACCCCAUGCCAAAUUCAUCAUAAAGAAAGCUCAGCAUAAGUAAUUCAAAUAGUGCUUAUAAUUGGGGGGGGGGCAUUUAAUAAAUAUUCCAACCGGUCGUUUUAUGCACAAGGCUUCAGUCAGAACAUAGAAAAAAAAAAACAUUCUGUGAAUGAAAUAUUGUAUGUUCAGAUUUUAUAAAAGACAUUUUUAAAAGCCCAAUUUACAGCCGUAUAUUUUCUUAUGAUGUAAUUUAUGAAAAAGAUGUCUGUACUAACAGGUGCUGUAACACUACUGUUGUUGGAUUUUAUUGUUUGGUGAUAAAUGUAUACCAUAUUUCUAAGGGAAACUAUGUACUGUGAUGUAAAAGUCUGGGCAAAAUGUAUAUAAUCCUUGUAUAUAAUUGUGUAUUUGAUUAUAAUUACUGAUUGUAAAGAUUUAAUAAAAUAUGUAAAUAUU